AUGGUGAUCGCCGCGCAGAACUCGAAGACGUCCAAGGAUGCGCGUCUUCAGCAGAGCUACGUGGCGCGACACCUCGAAGCGGAGUUGUGCGCCGUCGGCGAGACUGGCCUGUGGCUGUACUUCAUCCUCGACCAGAUCCGCCAGCUUCACGGCGUCGACCUCAUCCCGCCGGUGGACACCAGCGCGCACGAGCGUUGGUACAAGAAGCACCUGUUCUUCGCCCGCAACGAGGAGGAGCAAAUGGAACUCCCUGCUGCCAGCCACCAGCGAUGGACGAGGCAGAUGUGGAAGACGAACGGUGUGUUCUGCAAGCGGAAUGUCCACGCCGCUCGAGCAGGCGGGGCGCAGGAGCUGGCCAUCGAUGGUACGUCUCGCGCCGAGAUAGCCAAGCUGGGUCACUGGGCGAUCAACAAGAUGACUCGAGCUUACAUCACCGCCAUUCCCGUUGGCGUGGUGAUGAAGAAGGCCGGCUAUUCGGGUGCCAAACAGGACUACUUCUUGGGUCGCUGGAGGGUGGAACCCGGCGACGAACUCUUGGCGCUCAUCGCCGAGCACAUCUUCCCGGGCAUUGACGACCUGGUUAAGAAGGAGAUAUCUGUCCGCUUGGACGCCGAACACGCUGUCAUGUCGCUCACCGAGACACUUAAGUACGAGAGGGAAAGGUUGGCGGUCCAGAAGAUAGACCUCGAAGAGGAUAUCGAGAAGCGCGACGCGAUCAUCGCGACGCUGACGGCAGAGAUAACCCGCCUCACCGAGGCACUACGCGUCUCAGAAGCAAGGAGGAUGCCAGAGGCGCCGCCAGCUGCGAACGAGCAGUCACCGAGGGACAGUGGCUCCGAGUACUCGGCAAGCACGGGUUCUGGAGCCAAGAAACCCCCGAAACCCCCACAGACGGUCGAAGAGGCUAGUUACGAGCUCAACGUGGUGCAGCCUUGGCGGGAUGCAACGACCGUGAGGGAUGCAUGGCACCUCUGGACCUCUUGCACCAGCGCCGACACCCGUCGUCUAUGCGACAGGUUUGCAGAGCCGGGGUUCGUCGACCGCCACACCCUCCUCAAAAGCGCGACGCAGGGAGCACUCGAGAAGAGGGUGCGCCGCAUGAUGAAGGUCAUUGAUGCAGUGCGCCAUCUUCGCUGGAGCCACGGCGAGGCCGACACAGAAGCCGUCGUCGCAGCACUUAACAAGAUAGCGGCGCCUGGCAUUGGGACCUUCUUGGAUACCCUCACGGUGCUCAACGCUGACGCCGUAGCGAUGUACUCCCAGCCGGGUAAGGGCGUCAAGGGGCUCGGCAAGAGGGAAGUUUCCAAGCUUCGUGUCGCCUGUGCGUUCCUGGCUCGCGGGCUGAAGCUGGAACAGUGGGUCGUCGACCUGUUCCCGGACACCUCGAAGGAGCAGAUGAAGAUGAUGUUGGCCGACAUGGCCCGGGAGGACGCUGUGCAGCUGCCUCUGACCAAGACGUCGACCAAGCGCAAGAAGACCGCGUAA